GACUUUGAGUAUUGAUUGUUUUCCUCGUUUACGACGAGAUAUGGGAAUGAGAAAGGUUGAUAUUUGACGAGAAAAAGAAUGAGCUCGAUCAUUUUCCCCGGCGUCUGUAAUCUUCCCGCCAAUUCAAAAAGCACAAUACGAGCGUUGGCGCCAAUACACAAAGCAUAUCACUCUCGUCGUCUGAGCACUAGCGGCAUUCCGUCGGAAAAGGAGAGAAAAAUGGGUUCAACAUCGAAGACCGCCGCCAAGAAAAACAAAACCCUAUUCGAUCUCUUCCCACCCGCCACCGCUCCCUCUGCCAAACGCUUCAAAUCCGAUUCCACCGCCAGUGCCGGCCACUCACUCUCGUCUACCACCAACAAUGACUCCUCCGCCGCCUCCACAGACCUCACCGCCCAGCAGAAGUCACGCAUCGAAUUCCAAAAGCUGCUCGCCAAAGCCAGACGCAACCUCUCCACCUGUUCCAACAGAGUCUCCCAUUCCAAGUCCAAAGUAGGCGAAGGAGUGAAACUGGAGGAGCUGUUGGUGGAGGAGACGUGGCUGGAAGCGUUGCCGUCGGAGCUUCAGAAACCCUACGCCAAGACCCUCUCCAAGUUCGUUGAGAGUGAGCUCUGCGGGGGCGUUCCCAUAUAUCCGCCCACUCACUUGAUCUUCAACGCCCUCAACUCCACCUCUUUCGACAGGGUCAAGGCUGUCAUCCUGGGUCAGGACCCGUAUCACGGUCCGGGUCAAGCCAUGGGUCUCUCUUUCUCUGUUCCUGAGGGUGUCAAGGUCCCCUCAAGUCUGGUUAAUAUAUUCAAGGAACUGAACAAAGAUCUUGGCUGUUCAAUUCCAUCUCAUGGCAAUCUUGAAAAAUGGGCUGUUCAGGGUGUUCUCUUGCUCAAUGCUGUUCUCACUGUUAGGAAUCAUCAGGCUAACUCUCAUGCAAAGAAGGGAUGGGAGCAAUUUACCGAUGCUGUUAUCAAAACAAUUUCACAAAAGAGGGACGGAGUUGUUUUUCUUUUGUGGGGAAACUCUGCUCAGCAGAAAAUCAGGUUGAUUGAUGAGUCAAAGCAUCACAUUCUCAAAGCGGCACAUCCUUCUGGUUUGUCAGCAAACAGGGGCUUCUUUGGCUGCAGGUCGGUUUAACUCCAUAAUAUUUGGUUCCCACUCUGCCAUUUCUAUCCAAAUAAAGCAUUUUUCUCGCACGAACCAGCUUCUGGAGGAGAUGGGCAUUCCUCCCAUAGACUGGCAACUUUGAUUUACAAAAGAAUCUCAGCAGCGAGCAGCACGUAUUUGUAACUUAUUUUGUCUAUGAAGUUCAUGCAUGACUACCUUUGGGACUUCUUCAGACGUUGAUAUGUUAGUCGAGUUGUACAGAAUAGAGAAACCUUUUGGUAGUUCUAAGUUUCUCACUCACUAUCUGAGUAGUGUUGCCCCCUACGCUAUUCGUUUUGUCCGACAUAGUCGAUUAUUUUGUGCUCUUUUGAAUGUCUGCUCUUUCGUGGUAACAGAGAAUUCCUUUCCCUUCAGUUAUGUUGUACUUGUACGAAACAAAUGGCACUUCCUUCAUUUCUCCUACGUAAUUACGUAUCCUAAAUUUCA